UCUAGGCGGCUAGGCAGCUGCGAUAAUAAUCGUAUCCUAUUGAAUCUUAACAUAACCACACACGUUGUCGUGGUGCGGUUUGCCAUCGCUUGUUGUUUGGUAUUCGUUGUGAAAAACUUUGUUAAAGUCGUGGCUUUCUGUCGUUUUAAUUUGUGUCCUGUUGGCGGGAGGAUGGCAAAAUAGGAAUAAGUAGAAAACUUGGUGUGUGUGUGUCGUCGGGACGGUGCGAUUUUAAAUUUUAUUACUUCGUGUUUGUCGUAUCGUGUUAUUCGAUCGAAAAGUUCUACAUUCUACAGUCUUUGACGCUGCAUUCAUCGGUGAAGAGAGAAACAGUAGCGCGGUGGUAGGCCUAGCGUGCAUGAAGCAAGUAGCGCAAACUGAAACCAGAUUAGCUGCCACUUGAGAGGUUAUUGUCACAAAAAAAAAAAGUUGAAGUGAAACAAGAAGCUGAAGCAUGGAUAGAAAUAAUGAAAAAACACAUUUCCUUGACUCUUCGAAGCCAGUGACACUCUCUCCCUCCUGGGAGGCCCAAAAACUGCCAGACGAUGAUUUGAACUUCAAGGGUAUGGGCAAGGUGCAGCACUUGCCUUUGAAACCCCCGGUAGACAAGUGGAAGUUGGUUUUCUUGAUUUUUCUGAUUCACGGUCUGGGCACCUUGAUGCCUUGGAAUAUGUUCAUCACGGCCAAGAGCUAUUUCGAAGACUUUAAAUUGGCCUCGCCCAAUGCCAAUGAGACAACCGUAUAUGCCAGUAAUUUUAUGCAGUACAUAGGCUUUGCCUCACAGAUACCAAAUCUUAUUUUCAAUUGGCUCAACAUUUUCGUACAUCUUGGAGGUGAUCUAACCAAGCGCAUUGUCUACAGCAUACUCUUUGAGCUGCUUAUAUUCAUAGUCACAGUGUUAAUGGCCAUACUGGAUUCCAGCAGUUGGCAGGAUGUAUUCUUCUGGAUCACCAUGAUCAGUGUGGUGUUGCUGAAUAUGGCCAAUGGUAUAUAUCAAAACACCAUAUAUGGCAUGGCGGCCACGCUGCCGAUCAAAUACACUGGUGCUGUGGUAUUGGGCUCCAACAUAAGUGGCCUCUUCGCCUCCAUAGUGAGCAUAUGCAGCAAAUAUAUCUUUUCUUCGGAUAGAACAUCGGCCAUUUAUUAUUUCAUAACGGCCAUGUUGAUAUUGCUGAUAUGCUUUGACACCUAUUUUGCUUUGCCACUAACGCAAUUCUAUCGUUACCACACCAUGUUGAGACGCAAGGAGGAGAAACCCUUAACCAAUCAGCCGCAUCAAUCAACCAAAGUGCCUUAUGGGACUGUACUCAAACAGGCCGCUCCGCAAUUGUUCAAUAUAUUCUUUACCUUUUUCAUUACACUGUCUGUCUUUCCGGCCAUACACUCGGACAUCAAGGCAGUGGCAACGGAUUUCGUUAUUCCACCCGAACUAUUUGCUUCUAUCACUUGCUUCCUAACCUUUAACCUCUUCGCCAUGUUGGGCAGUCUGACAACAUCAUGGAUUCAAUGGCCAAAGCCCAGAUUUUUGGUAGUACCCGUGGUGUUGCGUGUAGUCUUCAUACCCCUGUUUCUGCUGUGCAACUACUUACCCAAAGGCAUUGACAGAACUCUGCCGGUGGUGAUUACCAACGAAUGGGUGUACUGGAUAAUAGGCAUUGUUAUGUCAUACAGUUCGGGCUAUUUGAGUUCAUUGGGUAUGAUGUACGCCCCACAGACGGUGCAGCCCAAGCAUCAGCUUACCGCCGGUAUGUUUGCUGCAGCCAUGCUUAUCACAGGCAUUUUUUCGGGCAUUCUCUUUUCAUUUGUAAUGCCUUCUUUGGUGGCUUUAUAAAAAUACACAAAUCAAAUCAGUUAGCUGAAAACGCAUGCAUAUGUAGCAUCUACAGACACGAAUGCAGGGACAACCCCAAGCGGCCAUCAAUAUUUUUGGUAAUCAUUGAAAUCACAAUCACCAUGAUCUACUUGCGCGACAGCAGACAAUAAGUUCUCUCUUCCUUUUAUUUAUUUUUUUUAUUCAUUUUAUAUUCACAAAAAUUAACUUCAUGGUAUACGAUCACAAAUUUAUUUUAAUUUCAUCAUUUACAAAAAAAGAAAAUUGUCUUGUUUAUAUUGUUAUAUUAUUUUUAACAUGUUUAGACUUUCAUUAAGGGGAAACCAAUUAAGAAAUUAAAUUUGAAUAAGAACCGUCGAGGCCACCGUGGUUUUCCCCUCCUAAUGCUGGCAACAUUUGUGAGGUACUGUAAAACUUCUCUCCAAAGAGGUGUCGCACUGCGGCACGCCGUUCGGACUCGACCAUACAAAGGAGGCCCCUUAUCAUUGAGCAAAAAACUUGAAUCGAACUGCACUCAUUGAUAUGUGAGCAGUUUGCCCCUGUUCCUUAGUAGAAUGUUCAUGGGCAAAAUUUGCAUACGAACAAUCGGACGAGUUUAGUUCACCCUUCAAUUGUCAAUCGUAAAUCGUUUACAAGGAGACUAAGGACAAAUAAGCCAAACUGGCUUAUUACAAGAUUCUUACUAUUAUUAUAACACAUUGCUUAUUUAAUUUUCAAGUUGCAUAGUUCUCAAUUUUGCAUUCAUAGCUUGUUCUUCAUUGUAGAAGAUUUUGUAUACAAGAUAAAUAUUAAUUAUUUUUUCAUUGUUGUUUUUGGUGUGGUGCAUACAUUUUUUUUACUGCCAGUUUAAUUUACAGUUCAUUUGCAUUAUUAUCAUCAUCGACUCGUUAUUAACAUAAAGUUCUCUGUCCAGCAAUUAAUAUAGACGUAAUAUGACAUAAAAUAAUAUUUAAA